UUGACAUUGAUUUUUCGUUGUUGCUUCAGAACAAAGAUUGACAACGGCCUCCCAACAGCCAUAAUAUUGCCUUCCUUUCCACUCAAUUAACGCUUUCAUGUUCUUCUUCAUCUUCUUCGCGAACCACAUUAUUCUCUGAGCCGUUCUCAGGUCUCGAUUCGCCCUUUGUUUGGGUCCCCUCGAAAGAUGGCGAAUUGGGAAUCUUGGGUUUCGGUUUUCAGGUUCGUUAUUGGGUUUUGGGUCGUGGUUGCGAUCUUGGAAGGCAAUAUCUUUGUGGUCGCUGACGAUAUUAGCAGCGUUGGGAGAGCUGAAAAUAAUGCUGAAGUGUCACAGAUUUGCAAUACUGAUAUGAGUAGUUUUCUGCCACCGCCGUUUACUAACCUAUCUGGUAUGACCUGCACGACCUUGUGGAAUACUUUCGUAAUGAAGUAUUCACAGGAUAAAGAGAAUGUUGUGAACAUUAUAUUAUCGGCUGUAUACACCACUGGAUGGGUAGGAAUGGGGUUUUCCAAAGAUGGUAAUAUGGUUGGCUCCAGUGCCAUGGUUGGAUGGAUUAAUAAAAGGGGUGAAGCAAGAAUUAGGCAAUACUAUUUGCAGGGUUAUGAGUCAUCAAAAGUCAUUCCUGACAAAGGUGAAUUGCCACUCACUGGUAUUCCUUCUUCUGUUGUUCUCCAUGGCGCCAGAAUUUACUUGGCAUUUCAGUUGAAAUUUCCAACUCGUCUUGCUCAGCAACCUCUUAUCCUUGCUCUUGGAUCGGCACACCCAAAUGCUCACUUCCACCUACCCAUACAUGAGGACAAAAAAGUAGUCAAAUUCGAUUUCUCUGCAGGUUCUGCUGCUUCUGCAUCUUCAUCUGGUUCAGGCAGCAAUAUUGGCCAGAAGAAGAAGAACCAUGGGAUAUUGGGUAUAAUUGGUUGGGGUCUAUUCCUUCCCAUAGGGGCAAUUAUCCCCAGAUACUUUAAGCACAAAGAUCCUCUUUGGUAUUAUCUUCACAUAGUCAUUCAAUUUGUGGGAUUUAUUUUUGGGCUUGCUACAGUGGUACUAGGAAAACAACUAUAUGAUGAUAUGGGAGCUGACCAACCAACACAUAGAGGCAUUGGAAUCUUCGUUUUAUUUCUUAGCAUCCUUCAGGUACUGGCAUUCUUUCUGCGGCCUAACAAGGAUGCCAAGAUUCGCAUGUACUGGAAUUGGUACCACCAUUGGUGUGGAAGGGUGGCCCUCUUCUUUGCAGCUUUGAACAUAACGAUAGGAAUUAAUAUUGGACACGCAGGGAAUGAUUGGAAGAUAGGCUAUGGAUUUCUUCUAGCUGUAGUUCUUCUCUCAGUCAUUAUUCUGGAAGCUUUGAAAUGUAUGAAAAGAAGAUCAGAUAGUGAUACCAUGCCCUCAUCUUUCCAAAUGAACCCAAUCCAGUGAGCUAUGUUGACGUACAAUCAAGAAACACAAAUGGAUGCUAGAGUUUGCAUAUCUUAGACAAAUUGUGAGAGAUAUCUGGGCUUGCAAUGGAUCAUGGUUUUGAAAAAGGCCAAGCUGUUUGAAUGUCAGACCAAUAUAUCGUAUUGAAGAUGGUCUAGACUUGUGUCCUAAUCCUUUGUUCAAUGUGAGGAUGUCUCGGUGUGGAGAUGGUGUAAAAAAUUAUGAGAUAUCACGAUUUUUUUUGGUCAAGUUGAUAAUUUCAAUGUCCUUUCCCCGCUAGGCCAGAGCUAACAGAGUGACUGACUACCCUUUUACAAUGUCAUGAAUGAAUAUGUUUACUGCUAUGUCGCGUGUAAAUCCAAAUUCCUGGCGAGAUUUGUGGAGCUUUUUUCUGCUUUUGAAUUUUGGGUUUGUAUUACAUUAAGCACAUUCUCUAUUUCUUCAUUCGUGGAUGUUCAAUUUUUCUCAAUAUAAAAGUUUUUUCUCACUAUAAA